AUCUAAAAACUAUAACUACCUGUCUAGGUUGCGGUGGCUCUUUCUCAUGCUGCAAUUUUGGAAGAAUCCAUGCGAGCUCGCGAUCAGCUUGUACAACAGAAUGUAGCUCUAGAUUUAGCUCGACGAGAGGCAGAGAUGGCUAUUUGUGCUCGCAACGACUUUUUGGCUGUCAUGAAUCAUGAGAUGAGAACGCCAAUGCAUGCAACUAUAGCUUUGUGUUCGUUGCUCUUGGAGACUGAGCUAACUCCCGAUCAGAGGUCUAUGAUAGAGACCAUACUUAAAAGUGGCAAUCUCCUUGCAACACUCAUCGAUGAUGUUCUAGAUCUUUCUAAACUUGAAGAUGGAAGCCUUGAAUUAGACACAGGAAUGUUCAAUCUUCAAGUAACCUUCCGAGAGGUUGUUAACUUGGUUAAGCCUAUUGCAUUUGUGAAGAAGUUGUCUAUGACUUUAACGUUGUCUCUGGAUCUACCUGUUUAUGCUGCUGGUGAUGAAAAACGGCUACUGCAAAUCAUAUUAACUGUUGUGGGGAAUGCUGUGAAGUUCACGAAGGAGGGUUAUGUUUCAAUUGAUGUUUCUGUUGCAAAACCAGAGUAUAUUAGAGACUGGCAAUCUUCUGAAUUCCAUCCUUUGUCAACUGAUGGCCACUUCUACUUGCAAGUGCAGGUGAAAGACUCUGGGUGUGGUAUCGACCCUCAUGAUAUUCCACUUCUUUUCACGAAAUUUACCGAGUCACAGAGUGCAUCAAAUCGACAUAAAGGCGGUGCAGGUCUUGGACUCGCCAUUUGCAAACGGUUUGUCAAUCUCAUGGGAGGUCACAUCUGGAUUGAGAGCGAUGGUCAGGGCAAAGGUAGCACAUUUACAUUCAUAGUGAAGCUUGCUACUUGCAACUAUCCGAAUGAAUUUCCAGGGAGAUCGGUUGCAGGUGUAGAUAGAGCGAAUCAAAUAAGGGACAACCUUUUUUAACUAUAUACAGUUUGGCAGAGAUGACGGAACGUCUUCAUCAGCUCCACGCUACCAAACAAGUCAUUAGGUAAGAUGCGUAAGAAACAUUGAAGAAUAAGGCUUUAUAAGCAUAAUUUUGUGCAUUGAUGAAUAUGGAGCUGUCAUUCAUCCAUUUGAUAAACGUGUAUGUUUGGAUACAAUUAUUGUGUAUCCCUAUUCCAUAAUCUACAAUAUACGGAGAUGUAGAUCUACCCAGAUGUCAUUAUAAUUCAUCGAAUAUUUAGAAGUUUCAAAAGGUUUGCGACGUUAUCUCUAGACCA